AAAAAAAGCGGCCAGGAGCGAGAAAGGAGCUAUAGUCUUGGAUCCGAGAGCCUCUCCUCCGAUCGGAAGGGACAGAGACUCAGCGACAACAUCAAGAGGCGCGUGAGUAGUCUCCGGCAUAAAUACGACGACGUCUAAGAUCGGCAUCCUCUCUUCCCUUUGGUUUGGGUGCCCAUCGCACGAUAACGUGCCCUCGACCAGGCCACUGAUGCCUUUGCCGUGUCUGAUUCUCCUUUUCUCCUCGUUGUUUCCCUUCUGCCUCUUCUCCUAUGAAAAUUUCCUUUUUUCUCUCCCUUUUCUCCGAGUUAUGUGUAUUCGUUCCCAGGGUCGCGCGCAUUCUCGGAUAAUACGUGGAAUGACGUUUAGGAAACCAGAUAGGGAUAUUCGUGAGGCAACGGCGGAGAGCAGUCUCGAUGUUUGGCUCGCAUCUUCUCUUCUUGUCUGCUUGUUUUCUUUUCCUUUUCUUAAUUUGCAUUCGGGUCUUCUCAACUGUUGUUUUCCUUUGUCCCGGACCGGAGUUUGGUUUGACAGAGGGGACGGACUAGUAACAGGCGUACGGCUAGGCAUAGAUGGCAUGAUCGACUACAUGUGCGAGAAGAGUCCCAAGACUCCAACUGAUUCUUCUCUCUCUGUAUGUGUGUAUGUGUGCCUGGCACAUGCGGAUAGAUACGUUGGAACGGUUCAACACGGAGGGAUAUGGCCCGGCGUGGCGCCCACAUAGGAAGGGAUGGUGAAUAAAUUGCAUUAGAAAGAAAAGGGGGAUUCGGACGGCUAGCUUGUAUGUGGCCCUUCUCGUAGCCCCGACUAGAGCACAUCUCACGAUGCGCUAUUGUAUGUACGCUUGAGGACCUCUCAAGAAAGACAUAUUCUUCUCUCAGUGUCAAUGAAUACGAAAGAAGAACAUCUGACUGGGUAGUCCCCCAGCAAGACCAAAAUUUUAGUAUUAGGAAUAAGAAACU